AAACAUGAACAAAGAACAUACCGUGAAUUAAUAACAGAACCAGUUAUAUUCGCACCCACAUACAAUCGAGUUAUUAGCCAUGCUGAGUUACCAGUUGUAAGAGAUGAGUUAUCAAUUACGCUAGAAAUAUAUGUUUCAAGCCAUAGUUAUAAAUGGAACACUGUUUUUUGUAAAGGUAGGACGAAAAAAGAUAUUACGCCCUCACUCUGGUUAAAACCUAGUAACUCAACACCGAUUCCAGCUGUCUCAAUUACUGGAUAUGGCAAGAAUAGAUUUAUUGUGAAUGAUUAUGAACUCCUACUUAACCGAUGGUAUCAUAUAGCAUACACACUUUCAGAACCGCAAAAACGAAUGAAUUUCUAUAUAGAUAGUAAAUGGGUCAGUUCUUUCAAUAUCACUAAUCAAAGUCAAUUUUUCAUAUUUAAUGAUGGCCCAUUAUACAUUGGAAGUUAUUUCAUCUGGGAUGGAUUUACUGGACAAAUUAGAAAUUUUCGUUAUUAUAAUUUUCGUCUAUCUUACAAUGAAGUAUUAAUGGACUAUUCGGGUGAAGAUCCAACGAAAAGUAUUGAUGAUAAAUGUCCAAAUAGAUUUUUCGAUGGUUUAAGCAUAGGAAUCUUUCUUGGUAUUACAAUAUUAGCAGGUUGUUUUUUAACACAUAGAAUCAUAAGUCGGAGAGGAUAUCAAACAAUCUCUGAUGCCAC